AUGAUGGAAGAGAAGUAGGCGAGCAAGAAGGCGAAAAAAUAUGAGCUCGUGCAGCCUGCUCCGCAUUCAUGCAGGCAUCGUAUUUAUAUAUUACGAGGCAAAAAUUUGGUUGCUGGCGAAAAAGUACACAUCUGACCACAAUCUCUUCACAGAAAAAAAGCCAAUGUCGCUGAACAUUUAUUACAUAACAUCAUAAUUUGUAGGCAGCACACUGAUGCUCAAGUUGUAAUUCAAAUGUUUUUAAUUAUACGCUUGAGUCACAUAAUAUUUUUUAACCUCAAACUUCUAGCAAAAAUCAAAAACUUUGCCGACUAUAACUUGAAACAAUUUAGUAGUUUACCACAUUAAUAUUCGUUGAACAUCAGCUCAAUCCACUCGUGCUCACAGUGGCGGAAAUCUUGGUGGGGCGAGGGGGGGGGGCGGGAGCGGGCGCCCCCCCCCCCACCUUCAAGGAAAAUUGACCUAAAAGAGGGCUAAAAACAGUCUUUUCGAGUGCAAAUGGGGGGUAUGUCGGAAAUUUGAAAGUUUUGUCGGAAAUUUAGGAGGCUUUGCCCCCCCCCCGGAAAAAGUGAAUUUCCGCCACUGCGUGCUCAGUUAAGAUGAGAUAGCUCAUCUUAGAUGUCAAUUUGUGUCCGUAAUUUCCAAUCGCGCCAGAGAAUACUAAUAUCGAUGCUGACUGGACGAAAUGGAAAGAUUUGUUUCUUGGUGCUGCUGCCAAACAUAUCCCGCAAAAAAACUUCAAAAGACGUACCACUCCUUUGUGGAUCGACGGCGAAGUUAAACAUCUCCUUCAAAAGAAAGACACUUGCAGAAGAGCGGCCAAACAGAAAUCGUGCUCCAGCCUCUGGGAAAAGUAUCGGGAGUUGCGACGUAAAACAAAGUCCAUCAUCUACGCGAAACGCAAGAAAUUCCUUGAAUCUCUCCCAGCUUUACUGAGAUCGAGUACAAAGAAGUUUUGGUCAAUUUUCAAGUCCGUUUCCAAGCACUCGAACAUUCCCAACAAAAUGUCAUGGUCUCAUCCUGACGACGUAACAAGCUCAGCGAAGAACCCAGCGGAUAUUGCCAACUUACUCAACCACUACUUCUAUUCCGUUUUCAAACCUUCUGACGACGAAACGUCCUUUCCAAACUCUAGUGACUCGAACUCUGAUACUUCAGAAUGUACCAUCUCCAGCAUUACCUUAACACCCGAGGAAGUUCACCACGUUCUUGCUGCUAUCGAUGAAAACAAAGCGACUGGCCCUGACAAAAUACCAGCGAAACUCCUCAAAAACUGUGCGUCCAGUAUUUAUUUAUCGCUAUGUGAUCUCUUCAACAAGAGUUUAUCGCUGGGUAAACUUCCAAAUGAGUGGAAACUCUCCAAUAUUGUUCCAAUCCCAAAGAAAGGUCCAGCUGAAGAGGUAUGAAACUAUCGACCAAUAUCUCUGUUGUCCUUGGUCUCCAAAGUCUUCGAACGUUGCGUCUACAACCGACUCGUAUCACACAUUUCCACUCAACUCCACCAUCUACAAUUCGGUUUCCUCAGAGGCAAGUCAACCACCUCACAGCUUCUGCACGUUCUCCAAGAUAUUCAUCAAGCGUUGGAGAGUCGAAACCAAGUCGACGCUGUGUAUUUGGACUUUGCAAAAGCGUUUGACAAGGUUAGUCAUAAGCUUUUGUUAACUAAACUUCACAAGUUUGGAAUAAGAGGUGACCUACUAAGUUGGUUUGAAAAUUAUCUCUCCGGCCGCUACCAAAGAGUCACUGUUCUGGGUGAGACCUCGGGUACACUCCCUGUACUGUCUGGAGUUCCUCAGGGAUCAAUCUUGGGGCUUCUCCUUUUCCUAGUAUAUGCGAACGAUCUUCCACAUUCCAUCUCGGGCGAAUCAACUGUGGCAAUGUUUGCCGAUGAUACCAAGUGCUACCGUCCGGUGAAAGAUUUAUCCGAUUGCGAAAGUCUGCAGAAUGAUCUCAAUAAUCGCGUGAACUGGUGUACUAUCUGGAAGAUGGACUUAAAUAAGUCUAAAUGCGGAGUAAUGAGCUUCACAAGAAGUCGCCAACCAGUCACAACAAAUUAUAAACUACUGGAUAGUUCUCUGAAGCAACUAUGUCAUCAAAAAGACCUUGGAAUUGUUGUCACAAAAGAUCUCAAGUGGACGAAACAGGUUGAAGAAAUAAUAUCAAAAGCGAGCUCAAUGCUAGGCUUCAUUCGUCGAACAGCCUCCGACACGCAUAACAUCCACGUGCGAAAGGUCUUGUACCUGUCCUUAGUGCGCAGCAAGUUAGGAUAUGCCAGCCAGGUGUGGGCACCUCAAACUGUCACCGACAUACUGUCAAUAGAUUGGGUCCAACGUCGCGCGACCAAAUUCAUCCUUUCCCUUCCUUACAGAACAGCCACAACAAGCAGGAAACAACUACUGGUUAUCGGUAUUCUCCCAGUCUGCUAUUGGCACGAAUUUCUAGACUUAGUUUUUCUUUACAAGAGUAUUCUAAGCAACGAUGUCAAUGUGUCAAUACGAACAACCACCCGGACGACUAG